AUGGCUACUAUGACUACUACCCAAGGGACGCUCCACAUGGUUGGAAAUGAAGAUGUCGACGUCAAACGAGACGACCUUCCCGCAAAACUUACAGAAGACUUUCUGUCUGAUUUUCCUAAACUUUCCAACGAACAGGCUGGUCACCUCCGCCAUUUCCAUAAUCUGGCUUCCCAGCCCGAUGGCGAGUGGCACCAUAUGGGCACCCAGGACCCCGGUCAAGAGUGGCUCGAUGCUUACCGCUAUCAACUGGCGACCAUGACAUAUGCCGCUGGAAGCGCUCACUAUCAUCGACUACCUGCUCUACGAUCGAUUUUCAAGAACUUACUAGAGCAACUCAUCCACAAGAUGGUACGGAGGGAAGUCUGGGGUUAUUGGUACCUGACCAGCCAGAGCGGAAAGUUUGUGGAUCCCGACUUGGUUGAGAUGCGCAAACCUUGGGCGGAUCCAAAUAAGCAAGAGAAUAUCAUGUAUUCUGGACAUCUCCUCCUCAUGGUCUCAUUACACGCAAUGCUCUUCGACGACGACAAGUACAAUCAGCCGGAGGCGCUAACGUUCCAUUGGGAUCCGGUAUUCUGGGGUUUCGGGCCAGAAAAGUUUACCUACACCCGCAGUUCCCUUCAGGAUGCUAUUCUUGCCGAGAUGGAGCGGCAUAACUGGAAGGGCGUCUGCUGUGAGCCGAACAGCAUUUUCAUCGUCUGCAACCAAUUUCCGAUUAUCGCGAUGCGGUACAAUGACAUCCGCGACGGAACAGCUGUGGCUGACAAGGUUCUAAAGAAUUAUACUGCGGCUUGGAAUAGGGAGGGCGGCUUCCUGCAGGAUGACAAAUUUGUCAUCAAUUGGUAUAUGGUAAAACAAGAUCGUAUAGUACCCGGAGGGGUCGGAAUCACCGCCUGGACAUCUGCAUUCAUGAACGGCUGGAACUCUGAGUCCGUCCAUUCACUCUUCCCAGAGCAAGCUCUUGGUUUCUUCACCAAGACCUCCGAUGGAAGAGUGAAUGUGAACGACGAGAAGGUCGCCAAAAUUAUUCGCGAGCUCACCAAAAGUGAGGGCGUGGAUCCGCAAGCUUGGAGCACCAAAGAAAGGGCACAGAAUUUGGCGAAAGAACUUGAAGAGGCGCCUGGUAUGCCAUUUGCGCAGCCGGUAUAUGGUUAUGUUGCUCAGUGGGUGUCUGAGGUUGCAGACCCAGCUUUGAACGAUGGUCUCCUGCGUCAUGCAGACACGUUCUUCAACCCAACGUGGGAGAAUGGUGGUCUUUUCUACCCACGUAAUGACAGCCAGGCGGACGAUCAUGGGAACUGGAAGUUCGUAGACCCUUUUACAGGCAAUGGUGCCAUCGCCUAUGCGCGUCUCAACGUCCCUGACGGCCAGAAAAAGAUGUGGGACAAGCCGUGGUCGAGGGAGCAUUUCUCAAGCUGUCCAUUUGUUGAUGAGAUCAGCCUGGCUUCCAACGUCGAUUUUCUUAGAGGCAGCUGGGAUUCAGGGAAAGGAGCUUUCGUUGUUACUAUGCGAACUUGGGAUGGCUCCACGAAGAACGUCCGGCUCCUUGUCAAAAACCUGCCUGCUGGGCGAUAUGGCAUCUAUCGGAAUGGACAUAUUACAGGAGCGCAGGAUGUGAACGACGGCUCGCACAGCGUGGAGAUAGCUACCGAAGUGGGAGCGGAAGAGACGGACAUAGUACUACUUAAGUCAAUAUCCUAG